CUGCUGUGCCACGGCAGCCAACGCGGCGCCAGUCGCGACGAGUGCUCCUGCGCCUGGGCGGCCGACGGCCCCCGAUUCCCCGCCUGGUGCCUGGGUUGCCCCAACACCCCGGUGGGGCUGCGCGAGGCGGCCCGGCGCCUGACCGAUUCCCUGGCCGCCGACGCGGAACAGGUCAUCGUGUCCUGCCUGGAGUUCCUACCGCCCCAUCCGCCGGAAGCCGUUUCCAUCCUGGCGGACGCCGGGCUGAACCGCGUGGUGAUCGCCCCCUACCUACUCGGCAACGGCAAGCACGCCACCCUCGAAAUGGAAGAGGUCCUCGAAGACAUCGCGUCGAAAUCGCCCGGCGUGGAACUCCGGCUGGCCGAUGGCCUGGGCGCGGACAUCCGCAUCGCCGAGCUGGUGCGGGAGCGCAUCUCGGCCCUGCCCCAGGCGGUACGGGAACCGGCCGACGGUGGCCCGGUGGGCAUAUUGCUGGUCAAGGCCGGCACUCAGACCCGGUACGACGAUUGCCUCUGGCUGAAGGAGCUGGGCGGCUGGGUUGAGCGCGAUUUGGGUCACGGCUACGCGGUGGAGGUGGCCCAGUCCCACUACGGCGAUCCGACCAUGGAACACGCCGCCGCCGAGCUGGUCGGCCAAAGGGGCGUGAGCAGCAUCAUCUGCGUACCCUACGUUUUCUUUCCCGGGAUGAUUUUGCGUCGCAACGUGCUGGGAACCAUGCGUCAGCUCCAGGAGGCCUAUCCCGACGUUGUCAUGUCGGUGGCGCCGCCUCUCGGAGUGGACGACCGCCUGGUAGCGGUCGCCAGCGAUCGGGUUCGGGAGGCGCAGACGCGGGUAUCCUGA